AUGUCUUCUCGUCCUUACGAACUCAUCGUUUUCGGUGCGACCGGCUUCACCGGAAAGUACACCUGCGAGCACAUUGUCUCGCAGCUCCCCACCGAUCUCAAAUGGGCCGUUGCUGGUCGUUCUGAGAGCAAGCUCCAGAGUCUUGUUCAAGAGCUCAAGUCUCUCAACCCCGACCCUUACACCAUGCAGNAGAUCGUCACUUCGGGACUCGACAAGCAGAGCGUCAACGAUCUGGUCAAANAGACCACUGUUUUAAUCAACACCGUUGGUCCUUACAUGCUGUAUGCUGAGCCAGUUGUUGCAGCCUGCGCUCAAAAUGGCACUCAUUAUCUUGACGUUACGGCAAAGGCCAACAAAGCCAUUAUCAUCCACCAGAUUGGCGUUGAAUCCGCCCCAGCAGAUCUGCUUUCUUGGUCGAUGGUUCAACACGCUAGACGUACUCUCUCUGCUGGUGUCUCAGAACUGGUCUUCUCGGUCGCCGAUCUGAAGGGUCAGCCUAGUGGCGGAACUCUAGCGACUGUCAUGGGACUAUUUGACAAGUACAGCAUCUCCGAGACUACAGAAGCUAUGAAGCCAUGGUCUCUCUGCCCAACUACUCCUCNNCCUCGCAGCAGCCUGGAAGGCCCUACACUGUUCCAGAGACUCUUUGGUGUCCGUCAAGUCCGUGAUCUUGGAACAUUGUCCACUAGUAUCCAAGGUGCUACCGACGCUACUAUCGUUCACAGAAGCUGGGGUCUGUUCGAGAAUGGCAACUUCUACGGUCCCAAGUUCCGCUUCAGCCCUUACAUGAACGUUCGCAACAUGUUUACUGGUAUUCUGGUACACUUUGCACUCGCUUUCGGCAUGAUUGCCCUGGUUUUGUCACCCGUACGCUCGUUGUUGAAGCGCCUUGUAUUCCAGCCUGGCGAAGGACCCUCGAAAGAGUCUUCGCGUCGCGACAGAAUCGAAUACCGCGCUAUCGCAACUGUCGAUUCCGCCGACCCCAACGAUCCUAAGCGCAUUACUGGACGCAUGGCUUGGGAUGGCAGUCUCUAUCACCUCACUGGUGUGUUCUUGGCAGAAGCAGCCAUCACAAUCUUGAGAGACGAGACUCCAGCUGUUGGCAUGGGAGGUGGCUCGCUUACUCCUGCAUCACUAGGCGCUCCCUUCCUGGAGCGUCUGCAGAAGGCUGGUUUGAGAACCGACGUAAAGGUCAUGCCUUGA